UGCACACUAUCACCUCAGCUCCUGAUCAUCAACCUCUCCAGUCUUACAAAAAUGGCGGAAGAACUUCCAUUUGCACCGAGCAAGAUGUAUCCGCGAAGCGACGAAGAGAUCGCCACGUUCAAAGUACUAAAAAAGGAACGAAGCGGCAAAUGUUUCGUUUACGUUUUUUCUGCUAUUGUCAUCCUGAGCAUCGUCGUACUAGCCUUCGCCUUGAUCGUGCUGCGUUUCAAAAUCCCCGACGUCAAACUCCGGUCGGUGACGGUGAAAAAUCUAAAGUACGAAGGGCGCGGCACAGCUGGACAGUCACCUUCGUUUAACGCAACUUUGGUCGCCGUGGUGACGAUUAAGAACACAAACUUUGGUCGGUUUAAAUUUGAUAACAGCACGUUGAGUGUGCUGUACGGAGGCAUGAAUGUCGGUGACAGAAGCAUAAUCCAUGGGCGGGUGAAAGCCAGAGAGACCCACGAGAUGAAUAUUACAGUAGAAGUCCGAUCUAAUAGGGUGAUGGACACCAAGAACCUCAGCGGUGACAUUGAAGCAGGGAUGCUGACACUGAGCAGCUAUGCAAAGCUGAGUGGCAGAGUGAAUUUGAAGAAUAUUAUAAGGAGGAGGAAGACGACGGAAAUGAACUGCACAAUGAUUCUUGAUUUGAAACGCCGUGCCUUCCAGGAUCUUCGAUGCUACUAAUUAUUGUAAUUGUUUUGUGGGUUAUUUUUCUUUUGUUAUGUUAUUUUGAAAUUCAGAUUUUUUUUUUAAGAGAUCGUAAUUUAUUUAUUUAUUUUUCAUUUUUUAUUUUUAAUAAUGAUU